AUGGAUUCCAGAAAUGCGAUGCCAUAUUUGGCUGCUAUUUUCUUACGCUUUGUGUUUGCAGGUUUGUUCAUAAUUGCAAAGCUUGCUCUGAACCUGGGAAUGAGCCAUUUCACCUUCACUGUCUACAGGAAUGCGACCGCCGUCGUUGUCUUUGGCCCUCUCGCCUUAUUAUUCGAAAGGAUUCUUGAUCAAAUCUUGUAUUAUGCCGGAAUGAAAUCUACAACAGCAAGUUUUGCAACGACACUCUUCAACUUUCUUCCAAUUAUAAGCUUUCUGUUGGCUUUGCUGUUGAGGCUUGAAAAGGUAAAAUUUAAAAGCUUACACGGCCAGGCAAAGGUUAUUGGAACUUUUGUCAGUGUUGGUGGAGUAUUGACCAUGGCAUUUAUCAAAGGACAUGUUAUCGGAUUGCCAUGGACCAAACACGAACCCAAAAGUGCUGCAGAUUAUCACCAAAAUUCCAUUAAAGGCCCUCUCAUGAUCUUAGGAGCUUGUUUAUGUUCCGCCAGUUUUAACAUUCUUCAGGCAAUAACAUUGGAGUCAUACACAGCUUCACUCUCCCUCACAGCUAUGAUAAGUGCAGUGGUUGGUGUCCUGGGCUUUAUAUUGUCGGUUGUGGUGGAGAAGGGCAUUCAUUUUACAAUGUGGUCGAUACAUUGGGAUAUUAAACUAUUAGCUUAUACCUACGGAGGAAUUUUCUGUUCAGGACUUUCUACUUAUAUUUCAGGAUAUAUAUUACAGAAAAAAGGACCGGUGUUUUUAACAUCAUUUAGUCCGCUAACCACGUUGAUUGUUGCUGUUAUGAGCGUUUUCAUUUUAGCAGAGCAAUUGGAAUUGGGAAAGAUUGUUGGAGGGUUUGUUAUAGUGCUCGGGUUGUACCUGGUGCUAUGGGGUAAGACCAAGGAUAAUCAUAACAGCUCAUCUAUGGUGCACCCAGAAGAGGAACCGUCAAUUCUUCAAGAAAUAAAUUCUUCUAUGAGGGCCUCAUCAAGUGAUGGCUCCCAAGCAAGAACUGCAGAUAUGGUUUAA